AUUUCCUUUUCUGUAUCUAUUAUCCACCCAUCGGAGCCUCGCGUACCUACAGGGAGAUCGAACCUGAAAAAAAAAAAAAAAAACUCGAGCGAGAUUUUCCUCGACCCUGCCUGUUCCCCAACCACCACCUUCAUUGAAUCACUACUUAUGGCCAGCCACAUCAUCGGCAACCGCAACAGCACUCCGGAAGCUUCCAAGUCUAGCCUGCGGCCUCCGUCGUCCUCUCGGAACCUAGGAUCGCACCAGCUUCGAGCGUCCGCCGAUAUGUCGGGCUUCCCGUCUCCGCUGUCGUCCCGCAGCAUCCGUCCCUCGUCGGAAGUCUAUUUCAACCAGCAGUCUCAGGUGUCGAACACUGCGGAGGACCCGUUGGACCGCGCGGCUCAGCAGUGGCUGGCGGAUAUCGACCAGUACGAAACCACACUGGAGGAGAUGGCCGCCGCCACACUGGACCAGGAUUUCAAGGAUGAGCUCAGCGCCAUCGAGCAGUGGUUCCGCGUGCUCAGCGAGGCGGAGAGGACCGCGGCCCUCUACGCCCUGCUGCAGCAGACCACCCAGGUGCAGAUCCGCUUCUUCAUCCAGGUCCUGCAGCAGAUGGCCAAGAGCCACCCCAUGUCGGGUCUGCUGUCUCCGGCCAACUUUGGAGAAAAGGAUGCCAUGUCGAACCGUUUGAACGAUGCGAUGUCCAAGUUGAACGUGGACAGCUCCCGGAGCUCCCUCGGUCGCCCCCCGCCGUCCCCCGGUGCGAAGCGCAACUCCGGACUCGACUCGUCCACCAUCAAUGCCAUGUUUCCCGAUGCUGCGGCGGCAAUUGCCAAGAAGAAGGCCGAGUUCACCCAGCAGACGGGCAACGCUCCUCCCUCGAACCGGAACAGCGCUGUCUUUGGCGACCGGACUUCUUUCGUUGCUCCCACCAUCUCCGCCCCGGACAACGGCUCGGACAACUUGGGCCAGCCUCCCGUCUCUCCCUGGGCCCAGCGCGGAUCCGAACCCCAACCUCCUAUCGCCCGACCCAAGUCCUCCUCCGGCCACCAGCCCAUGGGCCAGUUCAGCCAGACUCCGUCCAGUCUGCGCUCGCCGCUCCCCACGCAGACCGCUACGAUCCCGGCCCCCGAGAUCGAUGCCCCGUUGCUCUCGCCGUACAACGUUGGAAAUGCCAGCUGGGCCUCCAUGACCAACACGCCGAUGACGGCAACGUUCGGGCAGCAGCCUCAGCAAAACUCGCAGGCCGACAUGGUCGCCAAUGCGACGGCGAUGAAGCUGGCAGCCCUGUCGACCGUGAACAACCGGAUUGCGCUGGACGAUGCUCGCAAGUACCGCCGGGCGCGCUCCAACGACGGCCAGGGAAAGAACUCUCUGCACGCCGGCCACGCCAUGUCCCAGGGAGGUCUGGCGAGCCCGGGUCUCCCGGGCCCCAACCACCUGGUCGCCGGGCAGCUGUUGAAUGCCCAGCAGCUUGCGGCCCUGCAGGCACAGCAGCAGGCGGCGAUGGUGGGUCGCUCCCGCCCGACGUCGCCUGGCAUCGCCAUGCAGGGUGGCGGGCUCGGUCCGAUGGGCUUCACCUCGCCCCAGAACAACGGCUUCUUGGCGGCGUAUGACCCGAACAACCAUCUGAUGGGUAAUGGGCUGGGCGCGCUUGGAAUGGGACAGUUUGGGCUGGGUGGUCAUGAGGGAUACCUCUCGGACCAUUCGGAGGUUACUCGCGGCCGGUCCCCGCGGGGUCGUCGUGGUAGCUCGAAGCCGCCGGAGGACCCUACCGACCCCUCUCUGCUGAAGGACAUUCCCAGCUGGCUGAGAUCGCUGCGUCUGCACAAGUACACGGAGAACCUGAAGGAUCUGAAGUGGACGGAUCUGGUUGAACUGGACGACAAGGCGCUGGAAGACCGCGGCGUCAACGCUCUGGGCGCGAGAAACAAGAUGCUGAAGGUUUUCGAACAAGUCCGCGAGGCCAAGGCCGAUGGCAAGCUCGACAACGUUGCGUGACGACCCGCAAGCAUCGCUGCUUCAUCUUGACUUACGUUUCUGCUUACAUUCUCUCUACUGCAUUAAUUGACUAGAUUGGCUUUGGGCAUAAGUGGCAGGAUCCGAAAUGAACCUAU